CCCCCUGGUGGCCACCACAGAGACAGUUUCCUUUAAGUCACGUGACUUCUGGGAAAAGGAUCGUCUCUGCGUGAGGUAGCAGGGUGUGCAGCAGCAGUGGAGCACACACACUCGCAGUCUGCAGGCACCGCGGAGGAAACGUAACCGAGUCUAGAGUCAUGGCAGCAGGGAGAAUGCGCUCCACGCGCAGACUGCGCUCGUGGAUCGUCGAACAGGUCAGCAGCGGGAAAUUCCCGGGGCUGAUGUGGGACGAUGAAGCCAAAACCAUGUUCCGCAUCCCGUGGAAACACGCUGGCAAACAGGACUUCCGUAAAGAUGAGGACGCCGCCAUCUUCAAGGCGUGGGCGCAGUUCAAAGGUAAGCCUACAGACGGGAGUCAGGACAGCCCGGCCUCCUGGAAGACCCGCCUGCGCUGCGCCCUCAACAAGAGUCCAGAGUUUACAGAGGUGAUGGAGCGAGCCCAGCUGGACAUCUCUGAACCCUACAAGGUCUACCGCCUUGUCCCCAUCAGCGAGCAGGGUAUGGUGGUUCCUGAAAAGAAAAGCAGAGUAAAAGUCACCAAAAGGCCAAAAAGGAGGAGGAGCAGUAGUGAAUCAGAGAGCAGCGACGUUGGUCAGACUAAGCAGAUAAAGAUGGAGGAAGUGACCUCGCAGCUGUGUGUCGAAGAGGCUCUGCUGUGGAGCGAAACCCCCGCCCAGAUGGAUGAAUCCACACAGCACAACACCACCACGCAGAGAGAGGUGGUUGAUGAGAUCAGGUUAGACGUACGGAUCGAGGAAAGCGUCCCUGCUCCCACAGGAGUCCAGGAAUACUUCAAUGUGGUGGUUCAUUAUUUAGGACAGGAGGUCCUCAAACGUCAAAUCCAGAACAGCGACGUCAGGAUAAUGUACUUACCUUCCUCUCCUGUUCCACCGACGCCGGCCGCCCUGAAGGGCAGGUUUCCUCGUAUCCCGCUGCCUGAGCCGCCCUCCACGCUGCCGGCCGGUCCAGAGCUGCAGGCUCUGUUCACCCUGCUGCCCUUCAUGGAGAAAGGAGUGGUGCUGACCACCAUGUCUGGGGGAGUUUAUGGUAAAAGGUUCUGCCAGGGGCGGGUCUUCUGGACAGGGCCGCACACGACCACACCGGGGCUGCACAAGAUGGAGAGAAACACAGAGCCAGUGUUGCUCUUCAGUAAAGAGAUCUUCAAGCGAGAUCUGGAUCACUUCCGUACAAACGGUGGCGAGCCUCCUGAGUGUGGCGUCACUCUGUGUUUUGGAGAAGAGCUGAGUAACACUGAAGACCCAUCUGGAAAACUCAUCAUAGUUAAGGUAAAUAUCACCUUUUCAUGGGCAGAGCAGCAGGUCCAGGACGCGCAGUGCUUCUUUCAGUCCAUCAACUUCCUCCAGUCAUUGGCCAACGAGUCUCCAAAGGGAGAAAUAACUCUGAACCUGGUCACCGUGCCUCAACCGGACUCUGAAGCAAUUACCCUCGUGACAAUCUGAGCACUUUGUCCAACGUGGGGAGGGGGGGGAUUCAUUCCAAAGUAAGAGACAAGCCCAUUCUUUCAAAAUAAGAGUAACCGGGCUGAGUGAUAUUUCAACAUCACUGUAAAUCUAUCAUCUAAAAUACACCAAAUUAAAACCAGAUUCAUUACAGAGUCAGAUAUCUGACUAGUAUUUGUGGCAAGUGUAUAUUUUCCUAUCGCCCAGCUCUAACAGACAUAAAACAAGUCUCACAACACUUACGAAAAUGCUUUUUGAGACUGGAUCUACAGAUGAAGUGGCAUCUUUUGACCCUGAAAAUGUAUAAUGAACUUUUUUGGGAUGGACUUUUGACUCCUCACAACCUUUGUAGAGAUUUGUUGGUGAACUGGAAGCACUACAUGUAAGCCUACACUGAGAACUUCAGAUUUGCAACAAUUAGUCAGUUGACAGAAUUAAUCAGCAGCCACUUUGAUAAUCAAUUACUUCCGUCAGUCGUUUAAACAUUCUCUGAACAUUCUUCAGCCUCUCAGAUCUGCACUUCUUUCUUUGUCAUAUAUGACAUUAACUUUAAUAUCUUCAGGUUUUUGACUGUUAGUGGAAAAAUUGUCACUUUCUUCAAUGUACUUGUUUUUUUGUUGCUGUUUUUUUUUUACUUGUUAACAUUUUAUAGACCAAACAACGAAUUGAUUCUGAAAAUAAGCGCUAGUUGCAGCUCUAGUUGUCUUCCUUCCUUGAAAAUGUGAUCUUACUUCUGCGAUCAUGGCUGCACGUGUUAUUCUCCUAAGCAAAUGAUGUCAUGUGUUUAUACUACAGCACUAUAAAAACUUUGUUCCUUGGUCUUGUUAAGCGUUUAGAUGUCAAUUAUUAUUGUAAUAUAAAAGGGAAACACACCGUCAUGAAAGUAGUUGUAGCUAUAUUAAAAACAAAAUAAUUAUCAUUAUCAUCAUAAUCAUUUUUAUAUUUUUAAUGUAUCCUUUUACUCAAACUCUGAGGUUAGUUCUUUGUCAUGUCGGACAUUGAUACAUUUACAAAUGUGGACUGAAGGUUGUUUUUUAAUAGAAUAUAAAAAAAGCUGUUUCACACUGUUGAUGAGACUUUGGGGACUCUUAAAGGAAAAAAAAUCAAACCUUCUUUACUCCUGCUCUACUGUCAGAAAUCAUUCAGCUAGGCCGUUGAGUGCAAUUUUAUUAUGGGUUAUGAAAUUUACAAGAGUGGAAACAGGUUACCUUGACCUCUAAGAGAGAACGAGUGACUCUGGGUUAGUAUUUUCAGAGUUACAAAUUCUUAAAGACAUUUGAAAUCUUUCAAAAUAUUUUACUGGCAUCAUUGUGUAUAGGUAAGGGUCAAACAAAAGUACAAAACCUACAUUUCAGUACAGAAGUCCUGCAAUAAAUUCAGUCUGCUGAAGCUCAGGAUAUUUGGCUUUUGUCGAGGCUCUCAGAUGCAUCUAUACAACUUGUUGGUCAUUUUUUAAAAGGUGGUAAUUUGGCGUGUUUACAUGCAAAUAUGGUGCUAAGUGUGUGCUUGAGCAUGCAACACUGUUCCUCUUUCCUAAUGCGGUUAACACUGAGCAAAAGUUGACAUGAUUUAUGAGAAUUCAUAUACAAAAUGUCCAAGAGUUGCUAUGGUAACACUUUACUUUAACCCCCUUUUCAGCAUUAAUUACCAUUUAAUAAACUACUUUUAACAAACUAUAAUGUGGCUGUAUGCAGCUAUAAAGGACGUUUUUAAGGGUUUAUUCAUGUAGAAUGUUUAUCAACAAUCAUUACUUUUCCUGAGAAGACAUUUUAUAUUAUUACAUAUACUGUCCUUUACUAUACUGCCAUCGAUUAUCUAUCUAUUAUUUAUACAGCAGCUGCCACUUAGGGGUGCCCACAGGAGAAGUUAAAGUUGUUGAAAGAAAUACAUAAAUAAACACUUCUGCUUACAACUAAAUUAUAGUGCAAUAUAAAUUUAAACUUUUAUAACUUUUAUAUUUUUAUACAUAAGCAUUUCUAGUUUUUCCACUUGAUCAGCUAAUCAGGAUAUCAUGCAUUCAAACCUGAAUCACCUAACAGUCUGACAGAAAACAAACCUUUUGAGCUUCAACAAAUCUGUAUUUACUGCAGAACUUUUGUAUUGUAAGGCAUUUCUGUUAUUUGUCCACUCCCUGGAGCUUGUUAUGUACACAGAAAUAACAAUAAAAAGCAACAAAAAGACAAAACGGGAUCAAAAGUACCACAGGUGCAUUGAAAUAGUGUCAAAAGGUGUAUUUAAGGUGAAUUUUUCCUUUAAAUCAGCAGCGUGUUGGGCU